UUUUUAUGCUUGCAUUAUAACGGCACUGCAGUUCUGCCAUUUUGUGCGGCAUCGUGACUGAGCGAAGAAAGAGUUCAAGCCAGAUUUGCAUUUCUUUUUUUUUAUUAAGUGUUUUGCUAUUAAAUCAUUUAAACAAUAUGCGCGAAGUCAUCUCGAUACAAAUUGGACAGUGCGGCAUUCAGAUUGGCAACGCCUGCUGGGAGCUGUAUCUGCUGGAGCAUGGCAUCAAUCUGGACGGCAGUCGCAAGACGCAGGAGCAGCUAACGGAAAGCGGCAGCAGCAGCGCAACCGUUGGCCAAAGCACCAAUGCCAACGAUGCGCACACAUUUUUCACAGAGACGGGCAAUGGGAAGCAGGUGCCUCGCUCGAUCUUUGUCGAUCUGGAGCCGACGGUGAUCGAUAGUGUGCGCACCGGGGCCACCAAAGAUCUGUAUCAUCCUGAACAAUUGAUUUCCGGCAAAGAGGAUGCAGCAAAUAAUUUCGCACGCGGUCGUUAUUCCAUUGGCAAGGAGGUGAUCGAUAAGGUAACCGCAAGGCUGCAAAAGAUCGCCGAGCAAUGCGAUGGACUUCAGGGUUUCCUCAUCUUUCACUCGAUGGGCGGCGGCACUGGCUCCGGUUUCACUUCACUGCUGAUGGAGCGUCUUUCCAAUGAUUUUAGCAAAAAGUGUCGCUUGGAUUUCGCUGUUUAUCCCUCGCCAAAGGUGUCAACGGCGGUGGUGGAGCCGUAUAAUGCAUUGUUGACCACACACUCGACCAUUGAGCAUGCGGACUGUGUGUUUAUGGUGGACAACGAGGCGAUCUACGACAUAUGCAACAAUAAACUGGGCGUCGAUCGACCCGCCUAUCGUAAUCUCAAUCGUUUGAUUGCCCAAAUUGUCAGCUCAACGACGGCUUCGUUGCGCUUCAGCGGUUCAAUGAACGUCGAUCUCAAUGAGUUCCAAACGAAUUUGGUUCCCUUUCCACGCAUCCAUUUCCCCCUCGUCGCCUACGCACCGUUGAUGUGUGCAGAACGUGCUGCUCAUGAGCAGCAUGCGAUCACCGCUUUGACGAAUGCCUGCUUCGAGUCCUCCAACAUGAUGGUGAAGUGUGAUCCUCGAGCGGGCAAGUAUAUGGCCUGCUGUAUGCUCUAUCGCGGCGAUGUGGUGCCCAAGGAUGUGAAUGCCGCCGUCUCGGCUAUCAAGUCGAAGCGGCACAUUCAGUUCGUCGACUGGUGUCCCACGGGCUUCAAGAUCGGCAUCAACUACGAGCGUCCCGCCUUUGUGCCCGAUGGUGAUCUGGGUCCCACGUCGCGUGCCUGCUGCAUGUUGUCCAACACCACGGCGAUCUCUGUGGCCUUCACAAAUCUCUCGUACAAAUUCGAUCUGAUGUUCCGCAAGCGCGCCUUUGUCCAUUGGUAUGUGGGCGAGGGCAUGGAGGAGGGCGAGUUCACUGAGGCCAGAGAGAAUAUCGCUGUCCUUGAAAGCGAUUUUAAUGAGGUGGGACUGAACAACGAUGAGGAAGGUGGCGAGGAAUUGGAUGAGUACUAAGCAAGCUGGAGUUAUUUUGCCUUUUAAUAAAGUAUUCUAUAAUAAAGUAUUAACUGAUCUGAAACUGUGAAACUCUCUCUAUCAAUAAAAACAAAUUUGUCUUGCUAGAAAUACUA